GAAACAGACAGGCUGAGCAAGCUGACUACAGCGAGCGUCCGUGGGAUAUAUGCUGCUCACCCUUCUGCAACACCUAUUAUUUCUCCCCCGCAACAAUUCGGUCUUAAAGAUACGUCAAAGUGAGACUCUAUCACAGCGCUGCUCGCUCUCUAUGGUUUGUAGAGCCACAGAUACAACUUUACCCUCCUGGAUACACGAGAACAUACGAGAUAGAAGCAUUUGGUAGAAAUUUAUUCAUCCGUCGGUGGAUAUUCAGUUGUUGAGGAUGAUUUUUGCCAAUUCUGGCCACACAGUAAGGACGUCGCAUAAUCGUAAACAGCCUCCUGUUGGCCCCACCUCCUACCCGAUGGCUCCGCCCAGUCCUGGAACCAACAGCAGCACCAAUCACAGCAGCAGCAGCAGCACAGCCGGCUGGGAGCAGCUCAGUAAAACGAACCUCUACAUCCGUGGUUUACCACCAACCACCACCGACCAUGACCUGGUCAAGCUCUGCCAGCCAUAUGGAAAAAUCGUAUCAACCAAAGCCAUCUUAGACAAAGCCACAAACAGAUGCAAAGGCUAUGGCUUUGUGGACUUUGACAGCCCUGCUGCUGCUCAGAAAGCCGUCAGCGCUCUGAAGACCAGCGGAGUUCAGGCUCAGAUGGCAAAGCAACAAGAGCAGGACCCCACUAACCUGUACAUAUCUAACCUGCCACUGACCAUGGAUGAACAGGAGUUAGAGGCCAUGCUGAAGCCCUUCGGACAGGUCGUCUCCACACGCGUCCUGCGGGACACCAACGGGGCCAGCCGAGGGGUCGGAUUUGCGAGGAUGGAGUCUACGGAGAAAUGUGAAGCUGUCAUCUCUCACUUCAAUGGGAAAUUUCUCAAAACACCAGCUGGAGUUAUGGCCCCAUCAGAACCCUUGCUGUGCAAGUUUGCGGACGGAGGCCAGAAGAAGCGUCAGAGUCUAAAUAAAUAUGUGCAGAACGGACGAGCCUGGGCCAGAGACGGAGAGACCAGACUUACUGGCAUGACACUCACAUACGACCCCACCACAGCUGCUAUGCAAAAUGGAUUCUAUCCGACCGCCUACAGUAUUACAAACAGAAUGAUCACACAGACCCCCAUUUCUCCAUACAUCUCCCCUGUGUCCACAUACCAGGUACAGAAUCCAUCCUGGGUCACCCAUCAGCCCUACAUCUUGCAGCAUCCGGGAGCAGUGAUAUCGCCCUCUAUAGAUCACUCCAUGUCUCUGCAACCCGCGUCCAUGUUGGGUCCUCUCACUCAGCAGAUGAAUCACCUCUCUCUGGGCAGCGCAGGAACGUUUAUGCCAGCCAAUCCAGCUCUCCAGGGGCCGUAUAUCCCUCCAUACACUCACAUGCAGACCACCGCCGUCUCAGUAGAGGAGAACAGUCCACAACCUCCGGUGGAAUCGUCCAGUGAUCAUUCACCUUAUACCUAUCAGCAGGCCAAGUGAUGAAGAGGGUUGUCGGGGUUCGAGAGAGAAGGGGACGACUGCUAAAUCAAUAACAGCUUCCUUC